GGGGGGUGGUGGGGGCUGGGUUGGUGACAAUGAUGGUUUUUGAGAAGUGGAUCGUGCUGGAUUUGGUGUGAGGAUGGACAAAUCUUGUGUUAUGGAAGGUGAGGUUUUGAACUUCGUCGUCGUCGGUAGUUCAUUGCCUCAUUCCUCUGCCAUCGAAUGCCGAUUGCGUGUGGAAUCGGCAUUCGAUUCCUUUUGCAUUGCCUCCGAAGCGUUCUCUGAGCGGAGUCGUCGUUGUCUGAUUUCAGCCAAGGUCGAUCAACGACGAUUUCCUUGAUAAUAGUUUAUAAAAGAAAAAAAAGAAAAAAUAUACAAACACAAAAAAGAAAAAAUAUAUAUAUAUUAUAAUUGACCCACAAACAAUUUUCAGAAGGAAACGUUUCGAUAUUCUUCCAUUGUCCUUUCUUCUGGUUGCUGUUUGGUUCUUGGCAGAAAAUGAAUACAGGCAGUGGCUUGGCAUUGCAAGAAAUUAAUGGAAUGCUAGCAGAAAAGGAGCCUCCCGAUGGGAACAUGAAGAUUGUAGAGAAAGAUCCAUGUAGUAGAUAUGUGCGGGUAUAUAUUACGAUAUGCAUUAUGCAUUAUUAUUAUUAUUAUUUACAAUGAAAUCUUGGGCAAGGGUGCUUUCAAGACCGUUUAUAGGGCAUUUGAUGAGGUUGAUGGAAUAGAAGUUGCUUGGAAUCAAGUGAGAAUCGAUGUUGUGUUGCAGUCACCAGGAGAUUUGGAGAAGUUAUAUUCUGAAGUUCAUCUACUGAAAUCAUUGAAACAUGAGAAUAUAAUUAAGUUAUAUAGUUCCUGGGUGGAUGAUAAGCAGAAAACUGUUAACAUGAUUACCGAGCUUUUCACAUCUGGAAGUCUAAGGCAGUAUCGUAAGAGGCAUAAAAAUGUUGACAUGAAGGCCAUAAAGAACUGGGCUAGACAAAUUCUCCAGGGUUUGGUCUAUCUUCACAGUCAUUCUCCGCCUAUUAUUCAUCGAGAUUUAAAAUGUGACAAUAUUUUUGUUAAUGGAAAUCAUGGAGAAGUUAAAAUUGGAGACCUCGGAUUGGCAACUGUUAUGCAGCAGCCUACUGCUCGAAGCGUUAUUGGGACUCCUGAAUUUAUGGCCCCUGAGCUCUAUGAGGAGGAAUAUAAUGAACUCGUUGAUGUCUAUUCAUUUGGACUGUGCGUGUUAGAGAUGGUUACUUUCGAGUACCCGUACAGUGAAUGCAAAAACCCAGCUCAAAUCUAUAAGAAGGUUAUCUCGGGCAUUAAGCCUGCUGCUCUUGGUAACGUGAGUGACCCCCUAAUUAAGCAGUUUAUUGAGAAAUGUUUGGUUCCAGCUUCUGGGAGGUUAUCAGCAAAGGAGCUUCUCAAAGACCCAUUCCUUCAAGUUGUGAAUCCAAAGGAACCAAUCCGUGAUCCCUUACAGUUACCUAACCGAAGUCUGAAAGCAAUAAAUUUACUGAAGUCUGGACCUCUUUCCAUGGACAUAGAUUCUGACCAUAAGCAGCUAUCUUUAAGCGCAGGAAGCCGCACUGGGAGUCCACCCUGUCCAGUUCUAGAAUUUGAAAGAACAAACAAGAACAAUGAAUUUAGGUUAAAAGGGAAGAAAAAUGAUGACCACACAGUAUCAUUGACCUUGCGAAUUGCUGACUCGUCUGGUCGGGUUAGGAAUAUACAUUUUCUAUUCUAUCUGGAUACUGAUACUGCAAUGUCAGUUGCGGGUGAGAUGGUUGAACAACUUGAAUUAGCUGAUCAUGAUGUGGCCUUCAUAGCCGAGUUGAUUGAUUACCUGAUAAUGAGACUUUUACCUGGUUGGAAACCCUCAUCUGAUUGUUCCUCAAGUGGAGUGAUUAGUCCUUGUCAUGGUUCUCCAGUACUUGGAGAUGAAAAAACCUCAAUGAUAUACCCUUGGGAUUCAGUGCUCUCUAGUGUUCCUGCUGGGUUGGUGGUAGAGCAAGAUGUUUUGUCUGGGUUAGUUCCUCAAGAUGGUCUUGGACCACCUGAGGUAGGUAUCCUGUUUAAUAAUCCUGAUGGUGCAUCUCCAAAUCUAGCUAGAUUCUUUGAUGAACAUUCACAAACAUCAGUUGUCUCCGAGGUUAUGGUUGAUGAUACUUUCACAAAAAACGAUAUAGCAGAUGAAUAUGCUAAUUGCGAUACCAAUGGAAUCUGUAAAGGCUUAAGUUGGUCUGCCGCUGAACCAGUGCCGAGGGAUUCAUACUUUGAUGAUUCAAAAUUACAAGAAAAUGCUAGCAAUGCUGAAGAAUACACCUUAUUGAAGAAUUUUACAAAGAACUUGGGUUUGUUGUUGCCUGAUCAGUGCAGAGUAUCUAAUGUUAUGAGCCUGACAAGCAGCUGUUCAUCAUUAUGCCUAGCAGACAGAGAUCAGGAUGUUGAGUUAAAUUUGGAACUUAAUGCUAUCGAGGCGCAAUAUGAACAUUGGUUUCAAGAGCUUUCUAGGAGGAGGGAGGAAGCAUUGGAGACAACCAGAAAGAGAUUUACGGAAAAGAAGUCGGUUGUUCAUUGACUAAGAGCAUAUUUAGCCCCUUGUUUCUCUUGUUCAGCUUAUUACAUUGUUAUGAAUGCCACUUGUUGACAAUUUUAUUGAAAGAGUUGUCGCAAGCUGACGUUCAUGUCGGAUGCGACUCUUCUUUGUUUCUCCUUUUCCAACCAAAGUCGGGAUCUUUUCUAUGCGCCAAAAUUUUGUGCCAUGGGAAGUAGUUUCCAUUCUACUGGAUGUGAAUAUGAAUUUCCAAAUUUGCCAUUGCCA